GCUGGUGGAAGAGCACUGAUGAAUACAGUAGUGCAUCUUCGAAAGCUUUGUAAUCAUCCAUUCCUCUUCGAAAAUGUUGAAGACGAAUGCCGAGAAUUCUGGAAAUGUGAUGUUUCGGGGAAAGAUCUUUAUCGUGUAAGUGGCAAAUUUGAGCUGUUGGAUCGCGUUUUGCCAAAAUUGAAGGCAUCCGGUCAUCGCGUCCUUAUGUUCUGCCAAAUGACUUCUCUGAUGACUAUCAUGGAAGAUUAUCUCGGCUUUCGGGAAUACAAAUAUUUGCGUUUGGAUGGUAGCACGAAACCAGAUGAACGCGGGCAGCUGUUGGAAUUGUACAAUGCCCCUGGCAGCGAUUAUUUCAUUUUUAUGCUGUCGACUCGAGCCGGUGGACUUGGUUUGAACUUGCAAACUGCUGAUACGGUUAUCAUUUUCGAUUCGGACUGGAAUCCACAUCAGGUAAAAAAUACUUUUAGAAAAAAAAAAUACUUUAAAAGAUACUAAAA